UCGCUGGUCGGGUGAGCAGGGGCGGUUUGCAUGUCGGGUACAUGGGACCUGUGUGAUCGGACGGUGUUAAGGGAGUGGAUGUAAUUGUGAGACUGGGCGGCCGCCGCGAAGAGGAGGUAAACGAACCAGGUCGGAUGCGGGGGAUGAGGUGAGACAUAUCGAUGCGGCAAUCUAAGCGCUAUCGCCUUCGCAAGCUCGCCUUUGCGUUGUCGUUCACGAGUGUACGCUUUCUUGCCUCUUUCCUGCACUGUGCAGGUCCGGAAACAUGGAUGUGGGUUGAGAGGGCGGCAACGGAAUUGUACCAUGGGGCAUUGAUCCGGGGCCGAUCAUUGCUUUCCUUCCGGCUUCCCCUUGUCCGCUCCGGUCUUUUGGGCCCAAAACGGCAAGUUCAACCUCGAACAAACCGACUCCCCUUCCCCACCUCCGCACGUGCCCUGAACGAACUGUGAGAAAAACCGGAGACAGGAUCGGAAUUAUAUGAUCCCCACCUGAGAGGCGACUUGGGGUGUUUGACAGAGAAAGGAUGGACUUGGAGUGACGAGUCU